GCCUUUUUGUGACUGAAUACUUCACCCGCACGCCUCGUAAGCUGAAUGCUUUCAACUCCUUCGCCAGUGUGGAACUGUUCCACUUCAAUGUGCCUGACGACACCAUGAUGGCCGUAUGGAACCUCAUCACCUUCAAGGAGCAAGGGGGCACGUUUGGAGACAGCUGCCCAAACCGCAAUGUGACUGUGUACUUCAGGUCAGGGGCUCCUCCAGUAAUCAACCCCCUGUACACCCGCUUCCCUCGGGACACAGUCGUCCCAGGGUCCUUUGCUGUGACUCUUACCUGGACUCUUCCAAACCGCACAACAGGAGCAUUCAAUGUGACAAGCCCACUCCCUGGAGACUGGUUCCUUGCCGCACAUUUACCCAAGGAUGAAGGCAAGAUCUCAGUCAAGGGUCUGUCUGAAGAAUGCCAGUAUCUGUUCCAGCCUCAGCUCAUUGUCCAGAGGCUAAUUGGAAUUUCAGUGCUUUAUCCUGGAUACUUCAUCGACCAGAUGAUCCCGGUCCACAACAGAUCUGCCCUUUAUAAAGUGUUCAUCCCCAAUUAUAUAUCUAAGGUGAAGGUUCAGCUGGUAAACUGCAGCACCAAAAACAAGAGUAGCGACAGUUGUCCUGUGGUGCUGAAGAUAAGAGCGCGGGCGCCGCCGGUGCAUAACUCAAGUGCCCUCGACUGCAGGGAGUGGAACCCUUGUGAAUUAGACACCCUCGUACCUGCCUGGGAACAAUGGUACUACAUCCUGGUGGAGAGAUAUCUCACUAACUGCAACGUUUACUUCCGCAUCGGGGUGCAGGUCACGGAUUGCUCCAAGUCCAAUUUGUCAAAGGACCAAGCACAGCCCAGCUCCACCAUGAACAUGCCUCAGUCUUUUGGAACAGCGAUGGGUUUCUCCCUGUCUGAGACGCUGUCAAUGGCGGCCCUGCCCAGCUUGUCGCAGAAUGUCAGUCACCUGCACACCUCAGAGGACAGCAUCAUUUACCUCGCCCCCACCACAGACACCAACAAGUGCUGGCCCAUACGUCCGACACUGCGCAAUGAGCUGGACACCUUCUCUGUGCACUUCUACGUCUUCUUUGGUCCAAAUAUAUCAAUUCCACCGGACAGAGCCGCCGUGUUUGCCAUCAACCUGAUGCCUGUUUUAGACAGUGGAGGAGUCCUCAACAUGGAGCUCAAACUCAACAUGUCUACGCUGAAAGGAGCUCAUGUCACAGUGUUUGGCUGCCUGAACCAUGGGAUGCCUCUUUUCUUACAGGGAAACUCUUCACUGAAAUGUGAAUCAGAAUCGGUGGCCGGGUUUUUCCUUUCUGUGAAUGCCUCGAUUAAUAUCACCAAAUUGAGGAUUCCCUACCCACAAACAGGCACCUGGUAUCUCAGUCUGCGCUCUCUAUGUUCCACUGAACAUGGAUUUGAGGCAUGCACCAAUGUCACAGCAGAGGUGUAUAUGCGUGCAUACCUGACUCCAUGCAUCAAUGACUGUGGGACAUAUGGACAGUGCAAGCUUCUGCGCACCAAUAACUACCUUUAUGCUGCAUGUGAAUGCAAAGCAGGCUGGGACGGCUGGGGAUGCACAGACAACUCAGAGGCCUACUCCUACAGUUUCCAGCUCCUCUCCACUCUGCUGCUCUGCCUCAGUAACCUGAUGUUCGUCCCACCUGUGGCCAUCGCCAUCCGAAGCCACUACCUGCUCGAGGCUUCAGUCUACAUCUUCACCAUGUUCUUCUCCACUUUCUACCAUGCAUGUGACCAGCCUGGUAUUGUGGUCUUUUGCAUCAUGGAAUAUGACGUCCUGCAGUUCUGUGACUUCCUAGGGUCGCUCAUGUCAGUGUGGGUCACUGUCAUUGCUAUGGCCAGGCUGAAAUCCAUCAUCAAACAGGUGCUGUAUCUGCUGGGGGCGAUGUCUCUGUCCAUGGCUCUGCAGCUAGACCGUCACGGUCUGUGGAACCUGCUGGGACCCAGCCUGUUUGCUCUGGGCAUCAUGGCUGUGGCAUGGACGGUGCGCACCAUCCGUCGGCGGCGUUGCUACCCGCCCACUUGGAAGCGCUGGGUGUUCUUCCUCUUCCCAGGCACCAUGAUCGCCACGUCUGCCGUGGCUCUCUACGCCUUCGUGGAGACAGAGGAAAACUACUUCUACAUCCACAGCAUCUGGCACAUGCUAAUCGCAGGGAGUGUGGGCUUCCUCCUGCCGCCUCGAGCCAAGCCUGACGCCAAGGUGACCCCGCUGAAGCGUAGGCGGGGCUGCGGCUAUCAGCUGUGCGUUAACGAGCACGAGGAGCUGGGCCUGGUGGACCCGGCCAUCAUCUCCAUCAACAGCAUCUGUACCAGCUGAUAAACUCCCUGCUCCCAACCUUUUACCUUAAAGACACUUCAUUGCCUUCUUUUACUUGGGAAAUUCACAUACGGGAAAUUAAGCCACAGAACUUGAAAAAGCAAUGUAAAUACUUUAAUGCAGAUGUGACACAUUGGAUUCUUUUUUUGGUUAUUAUUGUCAUGGUUAUUAUUAUCAAUACAACUGUAAUUAUUAUUAUCUAUAGUUAAAGUUGUUCUGAUGAAUUGUGGGUGUACAGUGACACACUGUUGUUUGUGAAUAUGUAUUUAUAGUCAAAGCUGAAACACUGCUGCUAUCUGACGGUGACUGUAAAACUGCUUCUGUUGGUUAUUUAUUGGUGGUCUUGUAAACAGGCCAAUUAUUUUACUGUUGGGUUACAGAUCCGGGGGAGACAUGGGGGGACAUUUAUCAAGGGCACGGCUUUUCUGAAAUUCCUUUGGAAUAUAUCUUUUGCACUGAGACACAAAAAUGUUAUUCUGUAAAUUUUUAUAAUAAUAUAAACUACAGUGGGCAUCACAAAUGUAAAAUCUAGUUGUCAUGUGGAAUGUUAGAUUGUCUUUUGCAAUUGCAAUGUAUCGCUUUUACACGAAUGUGCUGAUUGUUCUUGAUGGGAACAAUUCCAAAGCUGCCUGUUGAAAGAGGGGAGGGGAGGCAGGAUUAUUUCAGAGACCUCACACCAAGACCUCACCUCCCUGUUCUUUUCUGACAGGACCUGUGUGACACCACAUUCAUAAACAAUAAAUGUUUUCUUUCUUUG